AUGAGUCCAGUGUUGCGUUCCUGCGUCGCCGUGGUGCUGCUCGGUGCGAUCGUGUCCGGUGCGACCACCAGCGAGGACUACCAGAGCCAGGGGCUGCGGGCGAUCGUGCGCGUGUACGACGAGUGCUCGAAGGCGGAGACGGGCUUCAGUCCGUGCCUGAAGAAGCGUGCCAUCACCUUCAUCGAUCGGUUGUCGCGCGUCGACGCGCUGACCCUCGGCGAGAUGAAGAUCGUGCGCAACGAGCGGGCGGUGGAGCCGAGCAAGCCGCUGACCGAGGCCGAACUGGAGCAGAGCCUUCCGCGGGGACUGGAGGCGCGUGACGAGGCCCUCACCAAUAUGCUGCUCGAGAAGGUCGCCGGCAUCUUCAGCAGCCGCACGGUGCAGGUGACGCUGCCGAAGCUGUCCAGCGAAGAGCUCGGCCGUGGCCUGGAAGAAGGCCGCGGUAAAAUGAAGAAGAUGAUGAGCAUGAUGAUCAUGGGCUUCAUGAUGAAGAUGGCCGCCAUGGUGCCGGUGGCGAUCGCCGGCCUCUACCUGCUCGCCGGCAAGGCGCUGAUCGUGUCGAAGAUCGCGCUCCUGCUGGCCGGAAUCAUCGGGCUGAAGAAGCUGGUCGCCAGCAAGCAGCAACACGGCAGCGGCUGGUCGAGCGGUGGCUCCGGACACGGCGGCUGGGACCGGCGGUCGGCGGACGCGGCGGCCGUCGCCCAGAACAUGGCCUACAGCGCGUACGCCAAGAACCAGGCGUAA